AUGGCGGCCAAGACAGCGGCUGGGGGCCGCUGGGAGGUGGUGAAGAAGGGGCGACGGUCUGCGGCCGGCAACAAUAAUAAAGCCAGAGGCGGAGGGGACCGCCGGGCACUCGGGGAGGCCAACGGGGUGUGGAAGUUCGACCUGACGCCUCCAAUCCAGACGACAAGUACACUCUAUGAGUUGGGCUUUGAGAAAAUCAAGAAGCGGCAGAACAAGGAGCAGGUCCCACCCCCCGCAGCGGAGCCUAAGAAACCAGCGAACAAGAAACAACCCAAGAAGGUGGCAGCUGUCACUAACCAGAACCAGAAGCAGGGCCGCUUCCGCAGCUUGGAGGCGGCCAUGAAAGCACUGGACGUGGCAGCCCUGCAGAAGGAACUGGACAAGAGCCAAAGUGUGUUCUCCGGAAACCCCUCCGUGUGGCUGAAGGAUCUGGCCAGCUAUCUCAACUACAAGCUCCAGGCCCCUUUAAGUGAACCCACGUUAAGCCAGCACACCCAUGAUUAUCCCUACAGCCUGGUGAGCCGGGAGCUUCGUGGGAUCAUCCGGGGGCUGCUGGCCAAGGCAGCAGGGUCUCUGGAGCUCUUUUUUGACCACUGUCUGUUCACCAUGUUGCAAGAGCUGGAUAAGACACCAGGUGAAUCGCUCCAUGGUUACCGUAUCUGUAUCCAGGCCAUUCUGCAAGAAAAGCCUAAGAUUGCCACCACAAACCUCAGCAAGUUCCUGGAGCUACUCAGGUCCCACCAGAGCCGACCAGCAAAGUGUCUGACCAUCAUGUGGGCCAUAGGUCAAGCGGGUUUUGCCAGCCUCUCCGAGGGACUGAAAGUGUGGCUGGGGAUCAUGAUGCCUGUGCUGGGAAUCAAGUCUCUGUCUCCCUACGCCAUCGCAUACCUCGAGCGACUGCUCCUGAUGCACCCAAACCUCACCAAGGGCUUCGGAAUGAUUGGCCCCAAGGACUUCUUCCCUCUUCUGGACUUUGCCUAUAUGCCCAACAACUCCCUGACGCCCAGUCUGCAGGAGCAUCUGUGUCAGCUCUACCCUCGACUGAAGGUGCUGGCAUUUGGGGCAAAGCCAGAAUCCACCCUGCAUACCUAUUUCCCCUCCUUCCUGUCCAGAGCCACGCCUAGCUGUCCCGCUGAGAUGAAGAAAGAGCUCCUGAGCAGCCUGACCGAAUGCCUGACUGUGGACCCCCUCAGCGCCAGCGUGUGGAGGCAGCUGUACCCCAAGCAUCUUUCCCAAUCCAGCCUGCUGCUGGACCACCUGCUCAAGUCCCAGGAUCGGAUUCCCAAGAAGGUGUGGAAGUCUUUGCUAGAAAUCAUUCAGUCCUUCAAGCUGACCAACCAGGAGCUGCUCAGGAAGAGCAACUGUAACAACCAGGAUGCGGUCACGUGUGAUGCCGCCUGCAAGGCCUUGCUGCAGCAGUCUCGGGGCCCUCGGCUGCCCUGGACGAGGUUGUUCCUCUUGACGUUAGUGUUUGCUGCAGGCUUCCUGUGCCAUGACUUCCGGUCACACAGCUCCUUCCAAGCCUCUGUCUCUGGCCGGUUGCUUCAGUCAUCUGGUUUCUUGCCUGUUGGUCAACAAGCAUGUGCCAAGCUCUACUCCUACAGCCUGCAAGGCUACAGCUGGCUAGAGGAAGCAGUGCCAGCCUGGAGCUCCUACCUGCUCACUAUGGUGAGGCCCAGCUUGCAGACAGCCUGGACCCAUACCAAUGCCACAGUCGUCUUUCUCUCUUCCCAUUGUGCCCCCCACCUUGCUUGGUUUGGUGACAGUCUCAUCAGUCUUUCCAAGAGAAUACAGACCCAGCUCCCAGACGUCCUGAACCAGCUGCUCUACUCUCUGAAGGAGCUACUGCUCCUUCUCUACCAGAACGUGCUGCUGCCGCUGUGGCACUUGCUGCUUGAGGGCCUGGCCCGAGCCCAGGAGCACUGCCACGAGGUGUGCAGAGGUGAAGUAACGUGGCAGUGCCUGAAGACCCAGCUCAAUGAGGCUGCCCACUGGACCUGGACCUACCUACAGGACAGCAUGGUGGCUUUCCUGGACUGGGCACUUGCCCUGAUAUCACAGCAAUAG